AAUCUCAUUCCCCUCCCCCGCACGGUCCCGUUUCUACCUGACGGGAGAGUUUUUCAAAGGCAACAAGUUCUGAUAAUCCUAUGAUAUACAUAUUACAUUGUUCUUCUUUUUUUACCCUUUUGUCCUAAACUUAAGUAGAAGUAUCUGGCUCGCCAUCUGGAUGCCAGACACGACUCAGUACUGGAACCUGGAGGGCUGUUUUUCUCGUCAGAGUCAUCCGGGAAUAACAAGGGCGAAAAGCGAAGAAAAUAAGCUGCGUGUUGUUUUCUUUAUGCUACUACGAGAAUUCAUGUCGCGCUAUUUUCCCACGAUCAUCUGUCGUUUGACGAUAAUAUCUGCGCUCCUGCUGACCAGAGAAACGAACAGUGGAAGUGUGACAGUGGUUCAAGGAGGCACUGCUAUCUUACCGUGCCAAAUCAUCCACACUGAUGAUGAUUUGACACAGAUUACCUGGCAGAGGACAACCAGAGAAAAACCUCAUAAUGACAAUUUUAUCACUAUCCAACCAAGGGAAGGACCACGGUUUGUCAAUGGACAUGAUGAUCGAUUUAAGUAUAUCGGGAAUUUUAACAACAAAAUUGGAACCCUCCAGUUAUCCAGUGUUGCACUGAAGGAUGAAGGCAGCUACACAUGCAUCUUCACAUUGUUUCCCAGUGGAAAUCAGAAGACUGAGAUACCUCUUAUAGUGAUUGUGCCUCCUUUCACAAGUGUCAAGGACAACCUUCCGACUUUGGGCACAGAAGAGGUUUUAUUUGCUACCUGCACGGCUGCUGGAUCGAAGCCUCCUGCUGAGGUGAGGUGGCUCACUGAUGCUUUGGGAGAAAAAGUGAGGACGACAACAAACUCCAUCAAGUAUGACAACGGUACGACUACCACAGUCAGCUCUCUGUUUGGCGUACCUAUGAGAGAGAUUAAUGGUCACCAGGUCCAGUGUGUCAUUAGCGGUGACUCCCUGUCUACAGAAGAAACCCUGCCCUUCACCAUACAGAUCUACUUCUCUCCCACAGAAGUGAACAUUACAGUGAUUUCAGAGGGCUCAUUUGAGUGUUUGACAGAAGCCAACCCAAGUGCAAAUAUUAUCUGGAGCAGAUCUGGCAAGUCUUUGCUGCAGUCUGCUGUCAGAGUGGAGGGUGCAAAACUACAACUGCUGAGUCUAAACUCCGAUCUAAAUGGCCUCUAUCAGUGUGAAGCAACUAACGCAUAUGGAAGUAAACACGGUCAGCUCUAUGUGCAUGUGGCAUCAGGAGCAUGCUCUGCUGCUUGGGCCUUAUUUCUUGUUGUGCUUUUCCUGAAUGUCAUGGGGACUGCAGCAUGGUGCUUUUAUAAAUCUGGACAUUUACAAAGGUUUUGUUGGCAGAAUUUCUCAGGAAAUGAAGCAGCAGAUGGGAGAGCAGAGCAAGAACAGCAAGGAGAACAUCCUCUGACAGCUGUGGGCGCAUGUAAUGGACCACAUCUGGACUGAAGGCUCCACCAGCGUGUUCCAGGGUCAGCUGGUAGAUGAACAGAUGAACAGGUGGUACUUUUAUAUUCCUGAAUCAAUUUUUUUUAAUUCGUAUAUAUGAAUGUUUCCGUCUUGCUGUUACUAUACCUUAUACUUGCAGUAAUUACAGUAGUUUAAAAGCAAAACAUUGUUAAUUGACUCCCACUCUGCGACGGCACUUUGGAUGUGGCUUUAACUGCCUGUUCCUUUGUUUUCAUGUGUAACAACUUUAAUGGCACUUGAGAGCUGUGCUUGUGUUUCUACCAAGAGUUUGAACUGCUUUCAUCAGAAGCUGUAUUAAUGUAGUUACUGUAAAUUCAUUUGUUUAUUUUUCCACCACCUGAAUAUUAGUAUGUCCCUUCAUUAAGGGUAACAAUGUUAAUGUUACAUUUUAAGUUUACAAUCUAAUGCAAGGACACAAGUUCUGACAUAUCAACCAUUCAUAUGUAACAACAGAUGUAUAACCAGUAAACCACAGAAGCCCAUGCAGACAGUUCAAUACAGCACUCAGAAAGCACAAACAUUCACACCAGACUCAGAAAAGAGGUUGGUUGGGAGCACCUCUGCCCAUAACUUGCAGCCACUGAGCUGCAAUUUAAACUAUGGAGCCUCCUUCCUGGUUUCUUUUCUUUUCUUUUCCUUUUUUGUCACAUUGAAAUGUUUCAGAUCAUGAAACAAAUUUAAACACUGGACAAAGAUGACACAAAUAAACACAAAAAGCAGUUGCUAAAAUAAAGUGUUUGUUAUUAAGCUAAGCUACUAACCUAAACCUAAUAACUGUUUGGGCCACCCUUAGCAGGAACAUCUGUAAUCAAGUCUUUGUGUUUCCUUGUGUUAUUUUUUGUCUAAUAUUAAAACUUGUUUGAUGAUCUUAAAUAUUUAAUUGUGACAAACAUACAAAAAAUAAAAAAUUAGAAAGCAGGCAAACACUUUUUCAUACAACUGUAGAUUUAGCACUGUCUGUCAAGCUUGAUUUAAGAAAUACGUGCUUGAAGUUUAAGAAUAUGUAUAGCGACAUCAUGUCCUAGUACAGAUCAUUAUGUCACCGGGUUCUGUCAAGGUUAGCUAACAUAAGCUAACCUAAGGCAAUUUGUCGCAACCAACCAGCCAACUCAUUGAUGUAAUAUUCUGUACUGGCACAAGUUGGCGCUAAUCAAAAACUUUAACUGUAAGCACUUAUUUCUUCAAUCCAGACUGACAGUCAGUGUUAAAUCUAUGUCAGUUUUUGAGAGCAGGGCUCCAUGAUGUAAAUUAGACUCUAUGAAUGUAGUGUUUCAUGUGCACUUUAAAACAGUGGUUCAAAAACUGUUGGGCAUACCCUGCUGGAAGUCAUUGCUGUAAAACCAUGGAUCACCAGGGUGGGUGAGGGGGGUUGGGGACUGAGGUGAAAUGAAGGUAAACAUAUGUUUUUGUAUGUUUGGUUGUUGGUUGAUUAAAUGUAAAUGUAAACAAAACAACAGAAGUCUGAUUAUGUGUAAAUGCUGACCUUUAACAUUAUAUCAUCUUGCACAUUGCUGGUUGUUAAUGACUGAUGACAGAAACUGCACAAGGAUUAAACUUUAAGAGUUAGGGCAUGGCAGAAGAUGUUUGAGAACCACUUUCCUAAAGCAUUACACAGUUGGGCUUGUGUGUGUAAAGCUUUCUAUCACAAUUACUUUUAUAUCAUAUAUCUCACACUGGAGUUUCAAAUGUGGCAGCUUUUUGUAAAACAUUAAAUCAUUAAAGCAUGCUGUUUGUUCUGUAUAUUAAAUGGAUCAUUCUACAUGUACAUUACUUUUUAAUAUGUUCUUUAAUGAAAAUUUUAAAAUGGAAGUUUGUUUUUGAAUUGUUUUUAUUAUUUUGUGAAACAUUACUGAUUUUUAUGUAAUCUAUUUCACUGUUGUCUGCAACAUGUGAAAAAAACUAAAUGUGUGCCCUAGUUUCAUUUAUUCUUCUAAAGUAAUGUACCAGCAUUAUUUCCUUUGUAUAUGUGUUUUAAUCUAUUUAGUGCUUCUACACUCUGAUUUAUAUUUGUUGUACAUUUUGUGGAGCACCUCUCACAUAAAUGUGUUUUGAAAAUGG